UAAGUACUUUGAUUGUUCAAGUAUUCAAAGAGAGUUUUAAAGAAAAUUACUGCAACUAAGUAUUUUUACAGUGUCUUUUAUGAAAUAUUAAACAAAUUAGAAAUCAACAUCUAGUAUGAGGGAUUAUAAGAAAUGUUUGGAUUUCCUUAACGAAAUGGAUGUCUCUCUAUUGCAUGUUUUCGUCAUCUGUUUUGUUGGCCUGAUCAUUUUCAUAUCGUUGCAAAAUUUCAUUCGUAUGCGUCAUCAGCCUCCGGGUCCUGUUGGUUGGCCCAUACUUGGCUAUUUAGCAUUCCUUAAUGUAAAGGCACCAUACAAAACAUUGCAGCAAUUAUCCUUUAAAUAUGGACCAAUAUAUUCGCUGAAGAUGGGCAAAAUCAAUACAAUCGUGUUGACAGAUGCAGCCUUGGUGCGUGAUUUCCUGAGACGUGAAGAGUUUACAGCAAGAGCACCGCUCUAUGUAACACAUGGCAUAAUGGGUGGUUAUGGUCUAAUAUGUGCCGAAGGUGCUUUGUGGAAGGAUCAAAGACGUCACACUAUUGAUUGGCUGAAAUGUUUGGGCAUGUCUAAGAAAUUCAGUGAAAUACGCUGUGGUUUAGAACAGCGCAUUGUUCAAGGCAUUAGAGAAUGCAUACAGUGGCUCCAUGAUGAUUCUACGAAUUUAUUAGAUGGCGAAGUGAAUCCUCUGCCCGCAUUGCAACAUACUUUGGGUAACAUUAUUAACGACCUAGUGUUUGGCAUCACAUAUGCACGCGAUGAUGUCACUUGGCAUUAUUUGCAAGAGCUACAGGAAGAGGGUUUAAAACUAAUUGGCGUUUCAGGUGUUGUGAAUUUUUUGCCAUUUUUGAGAUUUUUGCCCUCUAACAAAAGAAGCAUACAAUUCCUACUCAAUGGCAAACAGAAGACACAUCAAAUCUAUGAUGACAUCAUCCAGAAAUGUGAAGAGAAGUUAUUGAAACGUCAGCAGCAACAAAACACACAACCUAAUGAAGAUGAGGAUAAAGUUAAGCUACAAAGAAACACCUGUAUUCUGGAGUAUUUCCUGGAGGAAAGAAAAAAGCUGCAAAACUCUGACGAUAGUAAGCAACAAGAAAUUGCUAAAGAAUUCUUUUGUCCCCAGCAACUAAGGCAUUUGCUGGCGGAUCUUUUUGGUGCUGGUGUGGACACCACAUUGACUACUUUGAGAUGGUUCUUCUUGUACAUGGCCAAGGAUCAAGGCAUACAGGAGGAGUUGAGAAAACACUUGUUGAAACUGAAUCGGGAGAAUAUAACCUUAAACGAUCUAGAACACAUAGAUUACUUGAGAGCUUGCCUAGCUGAAGCUCAGCGCAUAAGAUCGGUGGUGCCGUUGGGCAUACCUCAUGGCUGUGUGAGAGAGGUGCAGAUAAAUGGUUUUACCAUACCUGAGAACAGUAUGAUUAUACCGCUACAGUGGGCCAUACAUAUGGAUCCUAAAGUAUGGCCCGAGCCAGAGCAAUACAAACCACAAAGAUUUCUCAACGAGGAGGGGCAGUACAUUCAGCCUCAAAACUUCAUACCCUUUCAAACGGGCAAGCGCAUGUGCCUGGGUGAUGAAUUGGCCAAAAUGCUGUUACUCUUGUAUAGUGGCUUAAUAUUGAGAAACUUUAAAAUUUCUUUAAGUCCUCAGAGUCAAGACAUAGAUAUGCAGGGAGAAUGCGGCAUUACCUUGGCUCCUUUUAAGUAUAAAUUAAAAUUCACAAAUCUGGAGUAA